AUGGCAGACCAGGCACAGGCGCGCAUGCUGUCGGCUGCCUUUCCGACUCCCCCGCCGUAUUACAAGCACUUUACCAAGCAGAAUGUCACCAAGGUCCGCCAGAUUCGCAAGGAGGCUGCUACAAACACCAACCAAGUCGAUGUCGAGUCGUUGCCGGCCGAGCUGCGAUACUUGAUUCCUCCCGAGCCACCGGCAGAUGGUCGCUACAAGAGCUUUGGAGCGCAGCAUGAUUUGGCGCAACCAGCACAAUCGCUUGCCCAAGCAGGAAUCCAAGAACUCUAUCCAGCAGAUGCUGCUCACCUCGAUCCGACUCCCCAUCUACAGACCUUGACACGCGCCGUACUUCUCAACUUCCUCGAAUUGGUUGGCACCUUGUCUGUCAAUCCUACACAAGGCCCGGAAAAGGUCGAGCACCUGCAAACUCUCUUCUACAACCUGCACGACUUGAUCAAUCGCUACCGUCCUCACCAAGCACGCGAGAGUCUGAUCAUGACUAUGGAGGAUCAAUUGGACAAGAUCAAAACUCAGAUCAAGGGUGUCAAUGCCGCAAAGGAUCGCAUGCAGCAGGUCUUGGGCGACAUUCGCAGUAACGCCAUCUCGGACAGCAUCGAGACACCCACAAAGCAAGAGAAGCCCGCAGAAGCAGAAGCAUUUCGGACCACCGACAGCAUACACAAAGCCAUGUACGAAGCCAUGGAACAUGAUCUCGACGAUUGA